UUCAGUAAACAGUUGUUCGUUUUCAAAACACGUGCUGAUUCGAACGCAGUCAAGUUAAUUUAUCGUUUAACCCUAAGCAGAUAUUGUUUUUUUUUGGAAGAAUCAUGCUGAAACCUAUUCUAAACCAACUGACCUCGAAACGGGUGGUGCUGGCCAGUGGAUCUCCAAGGCGUCAAGAGUUAAUUCAGAAUAUUGGUCUUUCGAAUGUUGCGCUCUGCCCGUCCACAUUUGAGGAAAACCUCAAUAAAUCGGAUUACUCCUUCAGCGAAUAUGUUGCCGAGACGGCUUACCACAAGGUUCUGGAAGUGUACAAACGCCUAUCGGCAUGCGAGAACCCAAACCAAAGGCCGGACAUUGUGAUCGGAGCUGACACGAUGGUCACCAUGGACGGAAAGAUGUAUGGCAAACCAAAGGCGCCGGAUGUCGCAUUCCAGAUGCUUAGUGAAUUGAUAGGCCGCCAGCACAUCGUCUAUACCGGGGUGGUGAUUAAAUAUCACGACAAGGAGGUAAAGUUUACGGAAGCUUGUAAAGUGAACUUUGGCAAAGCGACCGCCGCACAGAUUCGAGCCUACGUUGACACUGGCGAGCCGCUAGAUAAAGCUGGUGGCUAUGGAAUUCAAGGCAUCGGAGGAACCUUCGUGGAGAAGAUCGAUGGCGACUAUUUUACGGUGGUCGGUCUACCUUUAUAUCGGAUAUCGGCUGAACUUUGUAAGUUAUUUGGCUAUGAAAUAACUGAGUAACUUUCGCAUUCCUUAAUAGAAAAAAAAAUGGCAAAGCGGAUGAAUCAACAGGUUGUAGACUUUUGA